CUACAGUUCCUCUUGGCUUGCUGCCUGUUGGCUGCCGAAUUACUGUCCGUGUGGUCUGUGUGAGCAAUCCAGAUCUACGUACUUGUCCUUUCCAGCAUUAUCUUGCUUACUUCCAGGACACUGACUUUAGAGGAUAACAGCUGUUUCCUAGGGGUUGUCCCUAAGAAUUGGUACCCUUAGGAGGUGCUGUAUGCUGUGCUAGGUCACUCCUGGGUUGGAUGUAUCUUCUGUUUCAGAUGAGAGUGAGAAAUAUUUUCCAGCAGCAGCAAACACAUUGAGCUAUCCUUUUCUUGGAGCCUCUUAAUUCCUUGGUCUCCUCAGUAUUAUGGAAUGCUUGGUGAAAAAUACUCAUUCCAGCAGUAUGGCUUUAAAUGAAAAGAGGUGAUUCUUUGCUGCUUGUUGCCACGUAGGAAAAAGAGUGAUGCUGAAGGGAGGUGAGGAUUGUAUGUGUGUUGUUCUUGUCUUGCUAGCUCAGCCUACGAAAUCCUGUUUUAAGAAGCUGUUCACUUCUCUGUUCAGAUCCCAGCACACUGAAGCACCCACUUCAGUGUUGUCAAGAGCUCUGGCCCUCCCUUACUGGGAGAAGGGGAGGGGGUGAUUCCUGGGAAAGCUUCCAGCACUGGGCCAACUGUGGAAACAGCUGGGCUUUGUGCCAGCCCUUCGGAGGGAGGGGGACCUCCGAGCUGGUACAGUGAGUGCAUCAGGCAGGGGCUGGCGUAGCUUGUCGCCUUCCUCCAUGUCUUGGGGCUGCUCCUGUUUCAGGAAAGAAGCUACUCCGUACAGAGCUGUGGUCAAGCAGGGACUCACUGAGAGGCAAUCGCUGCAGUCCUCGCCGCAUUCCUCGUUCUAGACGCUGCAAAAUAAACUGCGGUAUUUUGGGACCAUGGCUACAGACCCACUCUCGGAGCUUCAGGAUGACCUGAACUUGGAUGAUACCAACGAGUCCCUCAGCCAGCUCAAACUGGCCUCCAUAGAUGAUAAGAACUGGCCAGCAGAUGAAGCCCCUGUUUUUCCCAAAUCAGAGGACUCCAAAGGCUCCCCUGAGCCUGUCACUCACCUGCAGUGGGACGAUCCCUACUAUGAUAUCGCCAGGCACCACAUUGUGGAAGUAGCAGACCAGGGUGGACUUGAUGAGGCCCAACCAGGUGAUGACAAAUAUGGAAGGAAAGUAAUUUUGUUCAGUGCCUGCCGGAUGCCCCCAAGUCAUCAACUUGAUCACGUGAAACUGCUGGGGUACCUGAAAUUCACACUGGACCAGUAUGUGGAGAGUGAUUACACACUGGUGUACCUGCACCAUGGCCUGACCAGUGAGAACAAGCCAUCCCUGAGCUGGCUGCGGGAUGCCUACAGGGAAUUUGAUCGCAAGUACAAGAAGAACAUCAAGGCCUUGUAUAUCGUGCACCCAACCAUGUUCAUCAAGACCCUGCUGAUUCUCUUCAAGCCUCUGAUCAGCUUUAAGUUUGGACGGAAGAUUUUUUAUGUGAACUUCCUUAGUGAGCUGGAGGAGUAUGUGAAGCUGGAACAGUUGGGCAUCCCAAGCCCAGUGCUGAAACAUGAUGAAUAUCUGAGGUCCCUGCAGAAACCUUCACAAGUGCCCCAGAAAUCAACACCCCCACGCCCACCACUGCCAAACCAGCAGUUUGGAGUCUCGCUCCAGCACCUCAGGGAGAAGAGCCCGGAUCAGUCUCCUGUUCCUCUGGUGGUCAGAGACACCAUUGCUCAUUUGCAGGAGCAUGCUCUUACUACAGAGGGGGUUUUCCGAAGAUCAGCAAAUACACAGGUUGUCAGGGAGGUCCAGCAAAAAUACAACAUAGGUGUGCCUGUAGAUUUCCAGCAGUAUGAAGAUGUCCACCUCCCUGCUGUGAUCCUCAAGACCUUCUUGAGGGAGCUCCCUGAGCCCCUCCUCACUUUUGGCCUCUACAGCCACGUUGUCAGCUUCCAGAGUGUGGAGGAGGUGAAUCGUGUGGAGGUUGUUCGCAAAACGCUCCAGACUCUGCCAGAAGAAAACUACCAAGUGCUCCGUUUACUGACAGCCUUUCUGGUGCAGGUCUCUGCUCACAGUGACAGAAACAAGAUGACAAACACCAACCUGGCAGUUGUGUUUGGCCCAAAUCUGCUGUGGGCCAAAGAUGUAGCCAUCACCCUAAAAGCCAUCAACCCCAUCAAUACCUUUACCAAGUUCCUGCUGGACCACCAGAAGGAGCUCUUUGAGGAUGUGGAGGCCUGAACCCAGGCCAGCCCACACCAGCACACUGUGCCCACCUUCCCACCUUGUCUUGGAGCUGCGACCAAGCUGUUUCCAGUGCAAAGGGACCAUUGAUCCUCUGGGUGAUGAGCAGAGCGAGGGCUGUGGAGAUGGUGGAGAAGGUGUGUAAGUAAGCAAGCAGGAGACCUGCUGCUCCGGCUGUGGAGGGGAGCUGGUCUCCCAACUGCUGGGAGUGGAGUCCUAAACCACCUGCCAGUCUGUGCAGCUCCUCCAGGGCUCAUCACCAGUCUGUUGCCCUAUCAGAUGACCUGCCUGCCUUUCCUUCUUCCUUUACAUGCAGUUUUUCUGCCCUCCUGGUUCCUUCCUCAGCAAAGAUCUUGUUUGUUUGUUUAAGCUCCCAAUAGCCCCAGCUCCCCGUCCUUGCCCCAGCUGGGCUAGGGCAGGCUUGCUGGGUUUUGUGGCAGGGAUGUUCUUGCUGCAAGUGCCACCUCUCAGCGCUGAAUGUGGGUCCUUCCUUUCCCCAGAGGCACCUACAGCGGGGGAGGGAGCUGGGCAGCCCUUGCGCCUCAGGUAGCAGCAUGUCCUGCACUUGCAAACACCUCUCUAGACCCCCUGCCUUUGGCAGGCAAGUGAAGGACAGGCUCACGGCACGUGGGCUGUUUUACCUGUCAGACUCCAAUACAAGGAAGCUGAAUUUAGCCCAAACUCCUCCGGGGUCACCCACUCCAGGUACUGUUCAGUGUCUGCUGGGGUGUAGUGGGUGAGGUGCCUCCCACAGUUACCCAGCUCAGGUGUGUUGUUCCUCCAGCAGCAUUUCCAGCCCGGCUGGGGUGGUUCAUGGCAGACCUGGCUGUGCUGGGGUGGGGCUGGCUGGGGCCCUUUGGUAGCUGGUGAGCCUGAAGGGCAGGGAGCAAGUGUCCUGGUGGCACCAAAGGGCUGAACACUAUGAGGAUCACUGCCUUUCCCUGUGUCAGCAGCACAAGGCCUCUUCUUCCCUGUCAGGCAUGUGUAUCUGUGCUGACUGGCACAGACCGAUUUGGUUAGUUGUCUUUUUGAGCAGAUUUUUCUCCAGCACAGUGUAACAUGUGGUCUUGUGGGAGGGUCUAGGGACAGGGGCUAACCCUCACCCUGGAGCGCACCAGGCCUGGUUUCUGAAUUUCUGCCUAGGUUCUGAGCACUCAUGUGCCAAAGCUGUGAGGGAACAGCUAUUUGCCAGGGGCUUCGGCCCCAUCUCCUCCUCGGUUCAUACCUUCCGUCCGUCCUACCAUGGAAGCUGCCUCAGAUGCAUCCUGUAUGCCCUGGGCACAGCUGGAGAGAGGCAGGCACAGAGCGGGGUGGGCCGGGAACCUACCCAAAGUAGCUGCAGUACUGUUGGGUUUGGGUUGCAGUGUUCCCGUUAUGGAGCUAAAAAAGAUCCCUCUGCAUCGCCUGGGCCUGGCAGCAGGGUGUUAGGAGGCAGAUUCUAGCCUUACGCCACUGGUGUGUUCUGUCUUUGUAUCUUGUGCCCUGCAUGCCUGGGCCAGUCCUCCCUGCUGCAUCUGGCCACAGGGACAAAUCUUUUGGACCAAGCAGAACUAAUUUUUGAAUAGCUACUGCAUUCUGAAUAUAACUUGCUUUUUCAUAAUAUUUUAGCCCGCUUUUAAACGCUGACCAAAGGUCGGUGCCCCAGUUGUAAUCAAAAUAAGUGACAUCUGCUGUGGGAAUGAUGGAAAUUGCUCUUUUUGGUAAGCUCUGGAAUGGGGAUGGGUGCGAACACGGACAGCUCUGCAGGACAGCGCAGGGCCGGCCAGCUGGCUCUGGAGGAGACACACCGACCCGUGGCUGGGAACAGGGAGCAAGAGAUGUUCUAGGAGAGGGCUGGGUCUGAUCCCUUCUUGAUACCGAGGGACUUUGCCCUCUGGAGGCUACAAGGCUGCUUAGUCUCCCUCUUUCGAGUAGGAGUCUUCCCUGUUUGGCCAGGAUAUGAGUUGUUUCAGCCUGAACAAUUCACAUCAGUAACCAAAUAAAUGUUUUGGAGGUAGAGGUACUCGGCUCCUAAUUCACCUGUGAUCUCUGCUGGAGUAAGUUAGCGGGGCUGAUGUGCUGCAGAGGAGCCAUCUGGGAUGGACAGUGUGGACAGAGGUGUACUUUGUUUUGAGACAAGGCUUUGUGGGGACGGUGGAAGCUGAAGGAGCCUCGUGCAGCCCCUCUUUUUCCUGCAGGCACCCUGCUCUGUGUAGGCUUCAGUUAGGGGAGAGACUUGGUGCUCUGACAAUAUCUGCAGCUGACACCAUGCCUUGGAGGAAGGGCAAACCCAGCUAACUCCUCCUGGGACAGACAGCCCCAAGGUUGGCAGCUUGGAACGGGAAGCGCCCGUGUGCUGGGGCACGAGGCCUUGGUGCUGGGCACUGCCCCAGCUCCCUGGGCAGGGCAGCACGUUCUGCCCUGCAGAGCACUAAGGACCAUUCCCGGCCCAGUAGCGAGGGAAGCAGAGCUGGGGUAGCUCAGCUCUUCUGCCGGGGGAGAGCAGGGAAUGUUGCAAGUGUCUGUCUUCUGGAUGGAAUUUGUUAGUUUGGUGGGUGCUUCUUUUUUUGCCUUUUUUUUUUUAAUGAGUUUUUGAAAUGUUUUCUUUUUUUUUCAAAAUGGAGACUGGUGCAUCCCCUGCAGGCAGGGAUAAAGCCUGCUCCAGUUCAGUGCCUGCAGGGAGCAGAUUUGGAGGGUGUUCAGGAAGCUGCUACUGCUCAUGGUGGGAAAGUGCUUGCAAAUCCUGGAAGGGACCCAGUGUAAAUACCCCCUUUCCUCUGCUGCUCCUCAUGCUGGAGCUGCGGGGGGCCCUGGAGCAGGCACAGGAACCAGGGUUGCUUUUGCUUCUGCAGUCUGCUCUCCUGAAUGCCUUGUACUGAAAUAUCCCUCCUGUGACUUGAGCAAGGAACUGGCCUGGGCCUGCCUGCAGCCUGAGCUGGGUGGCCACCAGAACCUGUGUUUGCCAAGGCCAGGGUUACAUCCCCUCCUCGCCCGGGCAGCCUCCUCACAGGCAGGGCGCUGCCCGGGCCGGGUUUCUCUGGCACACAUAGGUGGGGGGCAGUAUCUGAUUAGGGUGCUGGUCUUUGUCAGUUUUCUCCUUGCUGUAGAGCUGCCCAAGGGUCUCUUCCCUGGCUUGUCCUUCGGGUUAGCUAUUAGCCAUUUCUCCCUGUGGGGGUACUUGUUCCACUUCAACCCUCUGCUUUUUUAGCCCCUAGAGCAUUCCCCUCUGCUAAGCCUCCUGCUGUCUUAACAGCCUCCAAUCGCUCCCUGGCCCAGGCGCGGUGCCCACACCAGAGCUUUUGGGUGGUGCGGGGGCAGGGUUGGGGCCACCUGGAUGCCUUGUGGCGAUGUUUGAUAAUUUGAGAGGGAGCUGAGGGCCCGUUUGGUCCCUGUUUCCUCUUUUAUGCACGGGGGCUCCUGUGCAAAAUUUUUGGCUUUGCUUUUGUUGCUGGUGUUCCCUGCCUUCUUUUCUGUUGAUGUUUGUCAGGUGCAGGGCUGGGGUUUUCACGGUUCACGUUGUUUAUUUCCUUCUAAUCCACACCAAUCUUAUAUUUCACAGUUUGCACUUUUUGUAUUUCAAUAAAAAUGAAAAUGUAA